AUGCGUGUGCGCAGGAACCGUGGCCCACACACACGUGUCGGUCUGCUGCGGGGACUCGGGAGCAUGGCGGCGCCGGGCCAGAAGCUGGAUCGCCCCCAGGUUAAAAAGGCAGUGCAGGCCUUGCUGGCAUACACAAAGACCAAAGAUAAAACAGAUGAACUGCUUUUGAAUGAGAACGAGAAUGUAUACUUAAUGGUGACAGUAUGGAAAAUCCCACCACAAGAACAAGUUAUCAAAAUCCCACUUCCUCAUGGUAUUCGACCAGAAACAUCUGAAGUUUGCCUCUUCACAAAAGAUGAACCUGAAUUAUCUGGAGAACAGACCGAAAACUUGUACAAGAAACUGUUGAUCCAGAAUGGGAUCACAAGUAUCAGCCAGAUCAUCUCCUAUAAAACUCUCAAAAAAGAAUACAAACCAUUUGAAGCAAAGCGUCGUCUCCUGAACAGAUUUGACCUCUUCCUGGCCGAUGACCGAAUUAGAAGGCUUUUGCCCUCACAUAUAGGGAAGCACUUUUAUCAAAGCAAAAAGGCACCUUUAUCUGUGAACCUGAAAGCCAAGAAUCUAGCUAAGGAACUAAAUAAACAUAUUCAGGGAACUAUACUUCCAGUUACCAACAAGGGGUGUUGUUAUACAGCACGUGUAGGUCACACUGGAAUGAAAGCUGAUGAGUUAUUAGAAAAUGUUUCUGUUGCUGCUGAGGUGAUUUCCAAUAAGUUGCCAAAGAAUUGGAAAAAUAUUAAAGUUCUUCACCUCAAAACACUCAAAUCUGUUGCUCUCCCAAUCUUCAAUUCAUAUAUCUGCAAUUUAGAUGAGCUUGACAAGCAGCCAUCUCUCCAUCAAAAGGGAGGACAGAAAAAGAAAGGGAAAAAAAGGAAACAGAAGGCAGUCACAGAACAGACUUCACCUAAAGCCAAAGUGACAGCUGAAAAGAAGAAGAAUGCUACUACCAAAAACCUUGAGAUGGAACAGAAGAGAAAAGCAGAAACCUUGGCAGUCACAGAACCAGAUGAGGAUGAUAGAGAAAUUCCGCAACUUGUUCCUAUUCAAACAGAAGCUAGUAUAGCUGGGCAGGAGAAAACGGAACCAAAUCAGACUCCAGGAAAAGGUGUAAACAUGAGCAGAAAACCUGAGACACCACUUGGUAAGAGAAAGAUGACAUCGUUGGCUCCAGAGACUCCAAAAACAAAACUGAAAUUGGCUGAAAAUGAGGAAGAUUUGCCAAUACCAGCUCAACAGAAACAACCCAAGAAGCCCAGGAGCCCAAAGGAAGUAGUAAAGGAGAAGGAGCUGAAAAAGACUCCCAAAAAACCAGCAGCAAAAUCCUUUGACACACCUCAUGGGGGCAAGCUUGUAAAAUCAGCCAAGAAAGCUCUCAAAACACCAAAACAGAUGCCCAAGAAAAUGAAAGUCCCACAAUCAGCCUGAACUCUGUCAGUUAUAUUAUUGCUUUAUCCUAUAAAGUGAACUGAUUAAAGGUAUUUGCUUUGCUUAAAAAAAAAAAUCACUAUAAAUUAGAGAAAACAGCUUGAUUAAAAAGCCUGAGCAUAGGGAGCUGUCUUCACCAAGGUUUGUAAUUGCCCAUCAGUGUUUCCUACCAGUAG